AGCUCGUGCGGGCGACCUUGGUCGGAGAACCCGCGGGUCGGCGUGGGGUGGUGAGGAGCCCACUGGGGCGGGCGAAGUUAGUGACUAACAGGCAGCCGGAUUUCCUGACAGCCUCGGAGAGUUUCACAAAAAUGAAAAGCUUUUGGUGAGGGUUUUGGCCUUAUCUGGCGAAGAAUUGGUGCGUCCGACCUUUUUGUUCCUUGUGUGAACCUUCCUGGCCGCGACGAGGCCUUCUCCUCCUCGCGCCCUUGGCCAGCUCUCCUCUGCAGUGGCGAGAAAGAAACAUUUCCGAGCCUGCCGCGUCUCUUGCCUCGGUGGGUCGUACUCUCUCUCCCUGGGCGUGUGCAGAACAAAACUGGAACAAAGCUUGACUGGUUAGAGUUGGAGACCAGAAAACCAGAUCCCUCUAGUGUUUAAAUUUUCCGCACACGGAGAAGAUACUGCCUCCCACCAAAACACCUGGGUCUCCUGUGAACCCUUUUGUAUUUUCCAUUCCCACUUUUGGGGGAAGGGACAGAAUAGUUCAUAACAUAAGGCAUUUUUUUCCCUUCUCUUUUCCCCACAGAAUUAGGAAUUAAGAAAACCUAAAUAGUGUUUUGGUCCUCUAUCUAUGGAAAAUUCAAACUGCCACUUUUUUCUUUCUCUAGUUUGGCAUUCUGGUUGUCAGAUGUUGGAAGGCAAUAGGAAAAAACAUAUCCCUGUGGUUUUACAUCCUUUCUGGGGUUCAGUGACUUGCCUGCGUCGAUAGAGUUAAGCUGGAGCUUUGCUUUGAAGGAUAAAUAAAGCACAGCCUCUCAACUGGACAUAAAUGGAUCUAAAGACAGCAGUGUUUAACGCAGCGCGGGAUGGCAAACUCCGGCUUCUUAGCAAGUUGUUGGCAAGCAAAUCCAAAGAGGAAGUUUCCUCCUUGAUCUCUGAAAAAACAAACGGGGCCACGCCACUCUUGAUGGCUGCCAGGUAUGGACACCUCGACAUGGUGGAAUUCCUCCUUGAGCAGUGCAGUGCUUCCAUAGAAGUUGGGGGCUCAGUCAAUUUUGAUGGUGAAACCAUUGAGGGGGCUCCCCCUUUAUGGGCUGCUUCUGCAGCGGGACAUCUGAAUGUGGUCCAGUCUUUGUUAAAUCAUGGAGCAUCUGUCAACAACACCACUUUGACCAAUUCAACUCCUCUUCGAGCAGCAUGUUUCGAUGGCCAUUUGGAAAUUGUGAAGUACCUUGUAGAACACAAAGCUGAUUUGGAAGUGUCAAAUCGGCACGGACACACGUGUUUGAUGAUUUCGUGUUACAAAGGACAUAAAGAGAUUGCUCAGUAUUUACUUGAAAAGGGGGCAGAUGUUAACAGAAAGAGUGUUAAAGGUAAUACAGCAUUGCAUGAUUGUGCAGAAUCUGGCAGUUUGGACAUCAUGAAGAUGCUUCUUAUGUAUUGUGCCAAGAUGGAAAAGGAUGGUUAUGGCAUGACUCCCCUUCUCUCAGCAAGUGUGACUGGUCACACAAACAUUGUGGAUUUUUUGACACACCAUGCACAGACCAGCAAGACAGAACGUAUCAAUGCUCUGGAGCUUCUAGGAGCCACAUUUGUAGACAAAAAAAGAGAUCUACUUGGGGCCUUGAAAUACUGGAAAAAGGCAAUGAACAUGAGGUACAGUGAUAGGACUAAUAUAAUAAGUAAACCAGUACCACAGACAUUAAUAAUGGCUUAUGAUUAUGCCAAGGAGGUAAAUAGUGCAGAAGAGCUAGAAGGUCUUAUUGCUGAUCCAGAUGAAAUGAGAAUGCAGGCACUAUUAAUUAGAGAACGUAUUCUUGGUCCUUCACAUCCUGAUACCUCUUACUAUAUUAGAUAUCGUGGAGCUGUCUAUGCAGACUCUGGAAAUUUCAAACGAUGCAUCAACCUAUGGAAGUAUGCUUUGGAUAUGCAGCAGAAUAAUUUGGACCCUUUAAGCCCAAUGACUGCAAGCAGCUUAUUAUCUUUUGCAGAACUGUUUUCCUUUAUGCUACAGGAUAGGGCCAAAGGCCUGCUGGGUACCACUGUUACAUUUGAUGAUCUUAUGGGUAUUCUGUGCAAAAGCGUGCUUGAAAUCGAGCGAGCUAUCAAACAGACUCAGUGUCCAGCUGACCCAUUACAGUUAAAUAAGGCUCUUUCCAUAAUUUUGCAUUUAAUCUGCUUGUUAGAAAAAGUUCCUUGUACUCUAGAACAGGACCAUUUCAAAAAGCAAACUAUCUACAGAUUUCUGAAGUUGCAUCCAAGAGGAAAGAAUAACUUCAGCCCACUUCAUCUCGCUGUGGACAAGAAUACUACAUGUGUAGGGCGGUACCCAGUUUGCAAAUUUCCAUCUCUGCAAGUUACUGCAAUAUUGAUAGAAUGUGGUGCUGAUGUGAAUGUCAGAGACUCUGAUGACAAUAGUCCCCUACAUAUUGCUGCUCUGAACAACCAUCCAGACAUCAUGAAUCUCCUUAUUAAAUCAGGUGCACAUUUUGAUGCCACAAACUUGCACAAACAAACUGCUAGUGACUUGCUGGAUGAGAAGGAAAUAGCUAAAAAUUUGAUUCAGCCCAUAAAUCAUACCACAUUGCAGUGUCUUGCUGCUCGUGUUAUUGUGAAUCAUAGAAUAUAUUAUAAAGGGCAUAUCCCAGAAAAGCUGGAGACCUUUGUUUCACUUCACAGAUGAUAAUAUGACUGUGUUUUAGCACUGUUAAGGCACGAAUUGGUAACAGUCGUUUCAUAAACGAGCACUGUUGUGAUAACACCAGCAUUCAUUUAGCUUGAUAUUGUUGUGCUGUCAUUGGCUAAUACAUUACAACCAUCAAACUUACAGGAUUGGUUUCCCAGUAUUUAAUAUAAAUAAAGCAUAUAAUAUAUUUGUGAAUUAUUAAGAACUGUAAUAUCAUAUCCAAAUUUCUAAAAUUGUCUGCCAAAGGCUUACGAUUCUGAUUAUGUUGCUGUUGGGUGUUUGGGACUGAGUUAAUUGUUUUUCAGUGGUAUCUUUAUACUUUACUGGCUUGUGAAUUUUAUAUAAUUGAAGAUCUUUUUUUUUCUUGCUUCUGCCUUCUCAAGCUUCUCUGAUUUCAUUCCUCCUCCCUAACCAUUUCUACUACAGUUUUUCCCCCCUUACAAACCCAUGCUAGGUCUUACAAACCUUUUGGACUUGUUAAUACCAUUUGCAGUUACCAUAAGUGCUUUAUCUUCUCUAUGCACACCGGCUUAAACUUGACUGUUGUAUGUUAGUAUAUUUUCUAUGCAGCAGUUGGUUAACUUCAAUUCAAAAUACUUUCUUAAGUUUGUUAAAGAAUUCAUUUUAUGCAAAUACUCUUGUAGCAUGACAAUUUUUAGAGCUGCAGGUUAGCUAUUUGAGCUGAAGCUUUUAUUUUUUAUUUUUUGUUUAUUUUUCCUUUACAUGUGAAGUUUCUUACUCUAAUCCACAGAAAUUUUUGUGUGCUAAAUUUGGGAAACAAAUCUAUUCUAACUCAUUAACCCAGUUGAAAUUUAGGUCUGCCAUCUUAAUAUAUCACACAGUAGAAGGAAGACUUUAAAGUGACCCACCUUUCAUACUGCUCCAGCAUUGUCCUGUUUGUGCUGAUAGUGUGACUAGGUGUAAAGAAUUUGCUUAAAUUUAACCUCACAGUUUAUCACACAGCUUAACAAAUCACACUGAAAUACUCAGUCACUGAACUGCAAAUCACUUUUAGUUACAAAAAGAGCUAAAGCAUGUCAGUGGCGUGAUGCUUGCCAAGCCAGAUCUAGGCAUCUAGGAUAAUUAAGGUAUUUUAGCAGCAGUUUACUGCCAUUGUAUCAAAGGUCAGUAACAGUGUUCUUUCUUUCUUCAAACUUAUGUAUACCUUAAAGAUAACCUGCAUGAAUUUCUUUGGUCUCAAUUAUUUGUCACCCUAGUUAAACACAAAAGGUUGCAGUACUUCCUGUUCCCUUCCUGUUCCCAUGCUGAAAGUUAGCUUUGCCUUCUUCUCUCUCUUCCUUCCUUCCUUUCUUUCUUUCUUUCUUUCUUUCUUUCUUUCUUUCUUUCUUUCUUUCUUUCUUUCUUUCUUUCUUUCUUUCUUUCUUUUUCGUUCUUUUCUUUCUCAGAUUUGCUAAUGCCACAGAAAGGGCUCUUUUAAGUGAAAAGUACUAAAAGGAUUCAGGUAAUUAUCAUUCAGCACUUUAUUGUUAUUCAGAAUAAAAUUUAUGAUGGCAUAUUUGCCCUGCAAAUGUCUUACUAAAAUUGUUCUGAAUAAAAAGUUCCUUAUUGAUUUGAGAAAAAUUCAUUUUACCUGUGAAUUUAAUCAGUUGGAUUACUUACUUGGAUUUUGGGGGUGACAUUUUAUUCUGAGGGUUGAUGUGAUGCUAUUUAGAGAGUCAUUUCAAACAGCCACAGUAGGUUUAUCUUCAUCUUUAUUCAGUAAAAACUUGUAAUGAUAAAAAGUAAAUAGUAAAGAACUUAGACUUUUUGGUUAAAUAAUUGAGGUUUAAUUUUUUAAAAACAUACCCUUAUUUUACUACUUUGUAAAUUAAUUUCACCAUUUAAAGAAAUGGAUUAAUAGGUACACACCAACUUUUUGAUGAAGAGAUUUUACUGUCCCUUAUUUACUAUGGGAAAAUUUGAUGAAAUAUUUGAACUGCUACAUAUAAAAAUAAUUUAUGAUUUAGUCACAUUCUAGAAAUAUCAAACAUUGAGUUCAUUUGCCUCUAACCUUGUGCUAUAAGAAUUAUGUUUACUUCAGCUACUUUUAAAAGAAAGAAUAACUUUCCCAGUAUAGUAAAUACACAUUAAUUGAACUCAGUUUUGGGGUGAAAAUGACAAUCAGAAUUUUGAGUAAUGUACUAUUUUCUCCUUUUGGGUGGUGAGGUGGGACUUACAUAUUCUGAGAGCAAGGCACAUCUAACACUGUUUACAGGGUACUGGAAUGUUGUGACUCCAGUGUAAAAUAAGGAUUUCUUUAAAUAGUGUUUUUCCACCAC